CAGGGCGGGAGGGGGCGGGGCAGGGGCGUGAUCGGCUCGGAAUGCAUUUUCAAUGUGCACAUUGAAUUUUGCUACAUUCAUUGCGGGACAUUUUAUGAAAAUGCAAUCGCAAGUGUCUUGACUAGAAGCCUCAGAGCAACAUGUGACUCAACACGGAAGUAAAUGUAGAGUGGAUUUCGCUCAACAUCGAAGAGAAAUCCACGCUGCACAACACACCUACAGGGAAGGAAAACCACUGUAGCAAUUCAUAACGUGAUCUUCACCAGAUGGUUUAAAAAAACAAGCCAAGCUUGGGUGUGCAACAAUGGAGGACCUUCAAGACUUUGCUUCCUCUAGUGUGAGCGCUAAGACCAUUGCUGCUGAGCUCAAAGAUGAUUUCUAUUCCAAGUUUGUUGAUGACUUCCUUGGUGAUCAUAACGGAGGCCUUCUGGAGUUAAAUGAAAAGCCGUUGAAAAACCGCAUGUUGGUUCAGAUUGGGCUGAUGAGAGAGGAGCGUGAGAUUUCAUGGGUCAAUUUAAUACAAUGGCUCCAAAAGAUUAUCCCAACACAUCAGUUUGCUGAUUUCCGCAGCUUGAUUGAGAGGAGCACCACAACAGUUUUGAGCUUAAAAGGGGAUGCCAGGGAGAACUUUCUUAAGUCAAACGUAAACUUUGAAUUUGUUGGACCUAUAUGUGAUUGUAUUGGAAUCGGAAGAAAAGAUUUACUUGAAAAAUCUGAUUUCUCAGAUCAUGCAAAAUUAACGGGCCUCACAAAUGGCCUUGUUCUAGAAUUGGUUAACUUUAUAGCAAGAGAAAAAUUAGAUCCAGUUGUCUUGGUGUCUUGGAUUCGUAACUUUGAGCCGUUAUUCUGUAAGGAUGGCAAAAUCAGAAAAGCUUACAGACUUUUGCGGACAAAUCUUAAGAAUUUUAAGAUUCAGGUCCGCAACAAUCAGAAAAGCCACAAGAGGAGGCGUGGAUUGUUGGAUGAAUUCCUUCAGAGUCCAUUUGAUCUUUCUCUCAAUGCUGUUGCUGAUGGUCAUGAAUACAGGAGGGGCACAAUGAUCAAGGCACAUGCAAAGAAGAAGCGACGCAUUGCUGUGAUCAAGGAGGAAGAUGAGCCCGUUGUUGUUUCCCAGAGAGAUUGCCUUGAUGAGACUGUGGAACAGCAGUCACAGCCUGAACCUGAUCACAACAAAAUGCCCCAUGUGAUCAGUACAAAAGAGAAACAAGGAACACGGAGCCAUAAAAGACAGGCACAGUCACUAGAUGAGGUGGAAGAAGACCCAAGAACUGAUAUAGGUGACUGUGUCACACUGCUUGAUAUCUCUGUGUUGUCUUUGCAAAAGCUUGCAGACAUGUAUGGAGGCAAGAAUGAAGCUGCUAAGGCAGUGUCAAUGGAUCUACUUCAAAAUCACUUUUCCACAAUGCUAAAGGAAGAUGCCAACUUGAGGUCCCUCAAUCAAAAAGUAAUGGCCUGUGCCUCAUCCAAGGGAGGCGCCCCUCUGGUUGUGGCACCUUUGAAUUUUCUGAAUUACAUCUGCCUAUUCUUUUCAGAUCUCAUUGAUGUUAUUGAGCAGCAAAUGAUGUCAUUUGAGAAAGAUUUUGUGAACACCACUGGAGUGAAACUUGGACGUGACAAGCACCCCAGAUUUAAGAGUUUUCUGAACUUUGACGAGAGUGCUGUGUCACGUUACAUUCACAUGGUUUCUGAACUUUUAUGUCCAGUUGAGGAGACUACCCCUAACUACCGCAGGCACUGGCUUGCUUUUUGCAUUGAGAGAAAUAACCCUUCCAAACUGCCUAUCAAUAGGUCGAAUCGUCUCAUUAACUACUUCGAAGCAGCUGUGGGGCUUCUUCACCAUUAUGAAGAUGUUGCUCUUUUUGUAUCUGAACUGCAGCUUCUAAGUAACGUUUCUGAUAUUGUCUUGGAGAGCGUAAAUGCUGAUGCAAGUGACGAGGCUAUGCAGGCGCUUGUCUGUGUGCUUGCCAUUGUCUACCUUAAAGUCUUGGGACCCUUUUGGCAGCUACUCAAGAGUGAUGGAGAAUAUCAUCUUUUCAAUCGGUACAUACUUUGCCUGUAUGAAAAGCUCUUGGAAUGGUCUCAAGAUGCAAGGUGUCUUUUGCAACCAGAAGCUCAUUUGAAUGUGUUCUUACAGCUUCCAAUACAAGAGAGAUAUUUUGAGGGAGUGUUCACGUAUUGCCGUCUUAAUGCAGAGAACCAGAAUGGUACUCUCGUAAGAGCUUGUUUACAGAAGAUGGUGAAAGCCCUUGCAGCUGUGAUGGAGGACAAUCUCCGAGAUUUCUUACCUGGAGGGAAGCUCUGCAAAGAACUGCCUGUCGACAUAACUGCUCAAAUGGCAAACUCCACAUUUUCACAGUUAAUGGGUGAAUACUCCUUCGGUCAUUCAUACCCCUAUGAGAAGAACAGGCCUGAUAAAAGUCCUGGACAGACAGCGAGUAGCGUUUCAGAAGAGGUAGAAAGAGAACUUCCUUCCAAAGUGUCGCCAGAUAGACCUACACCACCUGUGGUCAUGUUAGCUCCAGCUGAAUCCAUUGAAAAGCAUCAAGAAGCAUUGCACCGGCACCACAUGUUUAAAGGAGAACAUCUCCAUAAUACAGAAAAAAUGAAGGUGCUUCGGCAGAAGCAAGAAACUCAGGAUCACAUUUAUAGAAAAACAAUUGUUGGAGCGGUUUCAAAAAAAGGUGGCCCGUGUAAAAGUAAGCAAGAUGUUGACCGAUUGCUAGCAAAAGUAGAAGGUGCAAGCCAUGCACAGAAAUGUGAGGCCAUUCGCUGUGAACUGAACUACCAGAAGUGCAUCACUGGUUCCAGAGACAACAAGUUAGAUAACAUAGGUUUUGCUUUGUCAGACAUGGUCUCUACACUGAAGGAUGUCUUGCCAAAUGAGAGUUCUCAAAUUAUUACACCAGUGCAAAAUUUGGUUGAUGAUGUAGAAAAUCAGACAAUCACAGUGAGUUGUGAUGCAUUGAGUCAUACAGCACACCCAGGCCCUCAAAACACAGUCACUGGUCAGCAAACUCAAAACAGGUGUAUCAACAAAAGUAUUGAUAUAACGACUAAAAGCACAGUUGUUUCCCAUAGUUACAGGGAGAACUUUGAAUUUCCUUGAUUGUUUCAUUACUUGAUGAAAAGGUGUUGAGAAAAUGCUAUUUGCAUUUUUUUUUUUUUUCUGCAUAUGAUAAUGUAUUUGUAGAAGUUCAGUGUCUAAUAAGCUUGUUUUAUUAGCCCUUGAUGUACUUUUAUUAUUAUCAUAAUAGUUCUUUUUUUAUUAUCUGUUUUAUAGGACAUAGUUACAUUACAUAAUAAAAAAAUGUUUUUAGCAACCUCAUUGUCUUGACUUUUAAAAAUAAAUAUGU